GCCAUGGAGGGGUGGUUCAGCUUGUGUCUCAUAGCACUAGGCAUGCCUCUUGCCCUUGGGCUUCUCAAGCUCGCCGGCGGCAAGAAAGAGCCACAGAAGCACCAACUGCCUCCAGGGCCAUGGACUCUCCCGAUCAUCGGCAGCCUCCACCACGUAGUUAGCCUCGUCCCACACCGGAAAAUCACUCAGCUGUGUCGCCGAUAUGGGCCAAUGAUGCACCUCAAGCUAGGCGAGGUCGACGCCGUGGUGGUCUCCAGUGCCGAGGCGGUGGCGCAGGUGAUGAAGACCAACGACCUCACGUUCGCCACCCGGCCGGGCACGCCGACACAGGACAUCGCCGGCUGCGGCGGCAGGGGCAUCAUCUUCGCCCCCUACGGCGACCACUGGCGCCAGAUGCGCAAGGUCUGCAUCGUGGAGCUGCUCAGCUCCAUGCAGGUCAGGCGCAUGGACAGCAUCCGGCCAGAGGAGGUGGGAAACCUCCUGGCCGACAUCGCCACCGCCGCGGCGGCCGGCGACAGCAUCAACAUCAGCGAGAAGAUGAUGGAGCUCAGCAACAACGUCGUGUCCCGGGCGGUGUUCGGCGGCAGGUUCACGCAGCAGGACGAGUACAUCCGCGAGCUGGACGUGGUGCUCACUCUGCUGGGCGGCUUCUGCCUCGUCGACCUCUUCCCAUCGUCACGGUUGGCGCGGUGGCUCAGCUUUGGUGCGCGGCGCAUGAAGAAGAGCUACGGCCGCAUGCAGCGCAUCAUCGCCGACGUGAUCGAGGAGCGGAAGGCCGCGCGAGCUGCUGCUGGUGGCGCCUCAAGCACCGAUGACGAGGACCUGCUGGACGUGCUGCUCAGGCUACAGAACGAUGAUUCGUUGGCAUUCCCUCUAACCACAGAUAGCAUAUGCGCCGUCUUAUUUGAUAUAUUUUCUGGUGCCACAGAUACCACAGGAACAAUUUUGGAAUGGGCUAUGUCAGAGCUCGUUCGUCAUCCUAAAACAAUGUUUAAGGCUCAACUAGAGAUAAGAAAAGUAUUAGGUGAAGAUCGAACAAUCAUAAAAAAUAGUGACCUUGGAAACCUCCACUACAUGCGAAUGGUCAUUAAGGAGGUUCUUAGGUUGCACCUACCGGCUCCACUAAUCCCACGCAUGGCCAGAAUGGAUUGUAAAAUUAUGGGUUAUGAGCUGCUUAAAGGCGCCACUAUAUUAAUUAAUGUCUUUGCAGUUUCUAGGGAUCCAAAGUACUGGAAACACCCUGAAGCCUUUUUGCCAGAGAGGUUUGAGAACAACAACUUAGAUUACAAUGGGACACACUUUGAAUUCACCCCCUUUGGUGCUGGACGAAGGCAAUGUCCUGGUAUGCUAUUCGGCGCGUCAACCUUGGAGAUCACUUUGGCAAACCUGCUCUACCACUUCGAUUGGGUGCUUCCAGAUGGGGCAAGUCCAGAAUCAUUGGAUAUGUCCGAAAAAUUCGGGAUGACUGUAGGUAGAAGUUCUGACCUACAACUGAUAGCUAUUCCACGUGGAUGCAUCAAGGACAUGUAGACAUAUAGAAAUGCUCAUGCAUAUGGGAAUAUAUCUAAAUUCUUAUGUGCGAGAUUAUUUGUGUAAUAAUAUGUUGUGU